AUGGAGACCGAGAUUGUGGUCAGUAAUUUGCCGGAGCUGCCGCGGGAUGUAUUGAUGGAUAUCUUCGCCCUCCUGGAGAUCCCAGACCUCAUGCGUGCGGGCUCCGUCUGCUCCUCCUGGCGGUCUGUCUAUACCAGCCUACGCAGCGAGCUUCAGCUGUACAAACGGCCCCAGACGCCUUGUCUCCUCUACACCUCCGAAUCUGCCGCUGACAACGUAGCUUGUCUCUACAGCCUCGCGGAAAAGCGGGUCUACAAUCUGACUCUUCCGGAUCCACCCAUCCGCAGCAGGUAUCUGAUUGGGUCCUCACACGGCUGGCUGAUCACUGCCGACGAGAAGUCCGAGCUACACCUUCUCAACCCGAUCACCUGUCAACAGAUUGCUCUCCCGUCAGUGAUCACCAACGAGAGGGUGAAGCCGGUCUUCGACGAUGCAGGCACAAUUAAGGAGUACGAGUGGUGGGAGCCGAAGCACGACAUUGAGCUAGACUGUGAAGUGGAUGGUCACCAUAAGUCAACCCAUGCUCUCGACAAGCUUCGUGACUUGUUCUACAUCAGGGCACGCAUAUUUCCUGACCCGUCCACAGGAAGCUACAUUGUGGUUCUCACCCACAGUGAAUCACGACAGCUUUCGUUUGCGAGGGUAGGAGAUUGUAAGUGGACCUUGCUGCCGGUGGGUUAUGACUAUCAAGACUGCAUCUACAUGGAUGGCCUAUUGUAUGCCUUCACGAGCUUUGGACAGAUCGAUACUUUUGAUCUCAACAGUCCAACCAUUACAAGGAAUAGAAUUAUAGGCGACAUGAAGACUUAUACUCAAGAGCGGCUGUAUGUUCUCCAGGCUCCAUCCGGUGAUCUGCUGCAAGUUCACAGGAUUUCGGAACUCGAAGAUACGGAGGAGGAGCCCAUACGCGUGACUAGCAACAUACUGUUAUAUAAGGUUGAUAUGUCAGCCAAAAAGCUUGUGUUAGUGAAUGGCUUGCAUGAUCAGGUGCUAUUUCUUGGGUGUAACCAAUCUCAAUACCUUACUGCUGAAGAAUUUCCUCAGCUGAAGCCAAAUUGUGUCUACUUCACUGAUGAUGAUACAUGUGUUUCAGAAUAUAAGAAUUGCUGCCGGGAUAUAGGUGUUAUCAACUUGGAAAACGACAGCAGGGAAGAAAUUCUACCUCAGCUUGGGUGUAGCUGGCCAAAUCCCAUAUGGGUAACACCAAAUCUUGCAAGGAUGAACUGGGGUUGUACAAAUAGAUGA